ACCACUAGCUGAGAUCAAAUCAUUAGUGAAGAUGAGGUGGUUAUUUGUGGUAGCUGUUGCCAUUAUUGGCUAUGUGGGAAAUGCAGAGAGUAAAGCUGUGAAUCGAGAGAGGAGGAACCUCGGCAAAUCGUCUGGACACGGAGGUGGAUUUGGAGGUGGUGGAGGAGGAGGUGGAGGCGGAGGAUUUGGAGGAGGAGGUGGAGGAGGCUUUGGAGGAGGAGGCGGAUUCGGAGGAGGCAAAGGAGGCGGUGGUGGAUUCGGAGGAGGUGGAGGACUAGGAGGAGGCAAAGGAGGCGGUGGUGGCUUCGGAGGGGGUGGAGGACUUGGAGGAGGUGGAGGAUUUGGAGGAGGUGGAGGACUUGGAGGUGGCAAAGGAGGCGGUGGUGGAUUCGGAGGAGGUGGAGGACUUGGAGGAGGUGGAGGACUUGGAGGAGGUGGAGGACUUGGAGGUGGUCACGGACACCAGGGUGGUCACCAGGGAGGUGGAUUCGGAGGGGGUGGGCAUGGAGGUGGCAGUCAUGGGGGUCAAGGUCACCAAGGGGGGUAUGGAGGAGGUGGUCACGGUCAUCAAGGGGGACAUGGAGGAAGCGGUCAUGGACACCAGGGAGGAUAUGGAGGGAAUGGAGGAGGAAACUAUGCCCAAGCUCAAGCAUCUGCAUCAGCUGGAUCAUAUGGCAAGUAUUAGUUACGAAACAGAGGGCUGACAACUUUGGACUAUAUCUAGUUGAAAAUUAUUGUGAUUUGUAUAUUUCUAUUAAAAUUUUGCACUUAAAUUGAUGU